GGUCACAACUGGGAACCACCUCGCAGCGCCGCAAUCACUGCUGGGCGGACCCCGGGAGGUGACCUGCUUGGGGCUGCGCGCUGAGAGGAGUUCCCACGGUCCUACCGCCGCCGUCGAGGGCUCCCGCUGCAGGUUCUUGCCGUUGAACUCCAAGGUGCAGAAUGAUUUGGGAAGUAGCCAUGUUGCUUAGCUUGGUCCUGGGAAUUGGUGCUGUUCCUCUGGAUGACCCCGAGGAUGGAGGCAAGCACUGGGUGGUGAUUGUGGCCGGUUCAAAUGGCUGGUAUAAUUAUAGGCACCAGGCGGAUGUGUGCCACGCCUACCAGAUCGUGCACCGAAACGGGGUUCCCGACAAACAGAUCAUUGUGAUGAUGUACGAUGACAUUGCUGGCUCUGAAAACAAUCCCACCCCAGGUAUCGUGAUCAACAGGCCCAAUGGCUCGGACGUGUAUCAGGGAGUCCUGAAGGACUACACCGGCGAGCAUGUCACCCCACAAAACUUCCUCGCUGUGUUGAGAGGUGAUGCAGAAGCCAUGAAGGGCAAAGGAUCUGGAAAGGUCUUGAAGAGUGGGCCCCGGGACCACGUGUUCAUUUACUUCACUGAUCAUGGAGCUGUUGGACUACUGGCUUUUCCUAACGAUGAUCUUUAUGAACAGGAUCUGAAUGAGACCAUCUAUUACAUGUACAAACACAAAAUGUACCAAAAGAUGGUGUUCUACAUUGAAGCCUGUGAGUCUGGGUCAAUGAUGCAGCACCUGCCCGCCGACAUCAAUGUUUAUGCAACAACUGCUGCCAACCCCAAUGAGUCGUCCUACGCCUGUUACUACGAUGAGGAAAGAUCCACGUACCUGGGGGACUGGUACAGCGUCAACUGGAUGGAAGACUCAGAUGUGGAGGAUUUGACUAAAGAGACCCUCCACAAGCAGUACCAGCUGGUAAAAUCGCACACCAACACCAGCCACGUCAUGCAGUAUGGGAACAAGUCCAUCUCUGCCAUGAAGGUGAUGCAGUUUCAGGGUAUGAAACACAAAGCCAGUUCUCCUAUCUCCCUGCCUCCAGUCAAACACCUUGACCUCACCCCAAGCCCCGAGGUGCCCCUCACGAUCAUGAAAAGGAAACUGGCGAGCACCAAUGAUCCGCAGGAGUCCAGGCAUCUUGCCGACAAGAUCCAGAAGCAUCUGGAGGCUAGACAAGUCAUUGAGAAGUCAGUGCAGAAGAUUGUCUCCUUGAUCACGAGGUCUGAUGCCGAGACAAAAGAGCUGCUGUCCGAGAGGGCCCCGCUCACGGCACAUGCCUGCUACCGGGCAGCCGCAUCACACUUCCGUACACGCUGCUUCAACUGGCACUCCUCCAUGUACGAGUAUGCUUUGAGGCAUUUGUACGUGCUGGUCAACCUUUGUGAAAAACGUUAUCCAAUUGAGAGAAUAAAAUGGUUCAUGGACAAGGUAUGCCUUGAUUACUACUGAAAAAUUGCCUUCUUGAUGCUUUUCCAAGUAUGAAUACUGUUUCAGAGUGUGUGCUAAUCAGAGACAGUGAAGAAGUGGAGCAGGAGGCAAGCAAACAAGCUGUUCCAGGCCAUCCUGGGGAAUGUAGCCAAGCCUCUCCUGCGGCCACACUCCAGGCCUUUGACAAGACGGCUUGCUCAGUUUCCUACAGGUCCUAUGUGAUGCUGUGAACAAACUAUAGAUUUGGAUGGGUAAAGCUCUGUGUUGAGCAAGGUAUAUUUGCUCCUUAAGGGGGUCUUUUGACCAUUAAUUUUAAGGAGCAAGAAGUUCACUGGGGCUUAUGUAGCCAGUGAGUCUUUAUUCUAAGGAAUUUGCAGCAAAACUUCUUAAGUCUUCAGAAUGAUUUUAUUUAAGAGGGUCCUAAGCCCCAAAUGGAAAAUUGUUUUCAGAAAAUAUUAAUACUUUUUGAUUGUUUUUGCACUUAUUCUGUGAUAAUAGACAAGUCUAAAAAAUAAAGAUUUAUAACUAAACACAA